AACAUCUUUAUAUCUUUGUUGAUGUACUUAAUUUUCAGGCGGCUUUCAGUUGUAGUUUAACCGUCGGAGGGGAUCUACGCCGUCGUAGGCCUUUUCUUCGUAAUCCACGUUUUUAGUGAAAUCGUACAACUUUGUGGUAACUUUAGCAGUUAAUAUUAUACUUAUAAUUUAUAUGUUAUUUUAAAUAGCAUCAUAAAAAAUUAAAUUAUUAGUUAGUGAAUUUGUGUUUAUAUUGAUGGUAGAUGGUGGAUGUUGGUAACAGGAUAUGAUCAUGAAUGUGUUCAAGUUACUUGUGCUUCUGAGUCUUUCUUAUUUGUCGAGCUCUAAUGCAAAGUUAAAGAUCAACAACGCAACGACUCCUAUGGACGGAUUGUGCUCGUUAUCGAGUUACUUGAGCCAGGGUAACUGUAAAUUCUCUAAUGAGGGUUUAAUAUGUAGAAGAGGGUUCACUAAAGAGUGGGUAAUGAGAGUAAGGUACGAUGUAAUUCACUUAGAGGUAUUGGAAUGGCCUGGUGAUUGCAUAAAUAUAGAUCGCCUUCAGAAAUAUUUUCCGGAGCUUCAAACACUUGAUAUAAUUAACAGCACUGUUUUGAAAUAUUUUAAGGGUCAUUUUGAUUCUACGAGUAAAAUAAGGAAAAUCGAAAUACAUGGUAUGACAUCUUUGUGGGAGGUGCCUUCCGAAAUGGUCAAAAGGAUGAGGGCUUUAAAACUUUUGGAUCUACGGAAUAAUGUUUUAAGACAUAUGAAAGCAGAUCUGCUGAGAGGGCCACCACAACUUGAAGUAGUUCUUUUAAGUGAUAAUAAUUGGGACUGCAGCGAUGGUGGUUUAGAUUGGCUGGCGAUGGAGAACGAAAAUGGUACUGUUAGAACCAAAAUCGUUGAUUACUACAAAUUAAUGUGCCAUCAACAACUUUACCGAGGAAAACCAUUGCAUAAAGUAAUGGACAUUAUUAGGAUGGUGCGCAACACAUGCCCAGAGCCUUGCGUCUGUGCUAUGACUCACGUUGUCUCUGAUAGCAAGGGCGCCAUCAUACCUCUCAUAACAGUUGACUGUAGUAGAAAACAGCUGGACAAUCCUCCCCUCACUCUGCCUCCAAGCACGACUACGUUGCGCCUUGAAGGAAACAAGAUUAAUAGUAUCAGGCAACUAGCUCAAGGACCACAGUAUAAGAAAUUGAUGAAUUUAUUUCUUGAUAAUAACAGUAUCCAGUCAGUGAAAGAGCUAGAAGGGUCAGAAUUUUUUUCAACAUUUCGGGUGCUUAGCUUAAAAGGAAAUAUGUUGAAACAGAUCCCAGUAUAUGCUUUUGACAAGGCUUUCCAAGGGAACAACGACAUUAUGCACGUUUAUUUAGGCAAUAACCCGUGGAGAUGUGACUGUCACUUCAUACCUCGAUUUCAAGGGUUACUCCUUAAAUAUAAAAGAGUUAUACGAGACUUGCAAGAUAUUAGGUGUGCGAAGUCAGAUGAUAAAACUAUAUCGCUCAAGCAGAUAAGCACAAUGCCUCUCAGCACCGUGUGUAGGGCUGAAGUUGAAAUGCCUAUAAGCACUAUGAAUAUAGUAAACUUAAUUUUAUUACUACUCAUUUUCAUAGUUUUAGGACGAUUCGUUUACGACUGGCAUAUGUUUCGGUCAACCGGAAAAUUACCCUGGAUAUCGUCUGUGUUGCCGUGAUUAUUGCUUCUGUAAUAUAUUUUGUAAAGCAUAUUAUUAAUGAUUAUAAUUGGAUUUUAUUAUUUAUAUACCACAAUUAGCUUUAUAACAGUUAAAGCAGAAAUGUUUUGUGUUGUAUUUGAUUUACGGAAAAAUAAUAUUAAUUUGUGUCAUAAAUUUAAUAGAAUGUAAAUAAAAUUUAAUUUAAGGUAAUUUUUUUAUUGUAAAAUGACUCUGUUACGCUUAUUAUAAUAUUUUAAAAUAUUAGUUUGAAUUUAAAAGUUGUGAUAUUUGGAUUCUAUUGUAUUAUUGCUUGGUAUUUAUUAUAUAUUGUUACAGAGAUUUUCAAACUUUAUUUUUACAAGCGCUUAUUUUACUUUUCUUUGCUCAAAAUUUAUAAUUGUAUACAAUACACUCAAAAAUAAUGACAUAGAUGUAAAAAUU